AGUUUAACGUAUCUGCCAUUUUGUAUCGCUACAGUGUGGCUAGGCGAAUUUAAAUCGCUAACGAAGAAGGAAGGAAAAAUGUUAAUGUUCACUUUAUUUUUUAAUUUGUACCUUUGAUUAAAGUAUCAUUCGAUUUGUUUGGUUAGUUGGUGCUGUUCACUGUCGUCUUGCUGCUUUUGUUGAAAUCAGACCGUUGACAUCGUGUUGGACUUCAUCUUGUUUACCUUUGGCUGCAGCAGGAGAGCUAACGCUAACGACGUUAGCCCACUUUCUCGCUAGCCUCACCGGCGUAGCGUUAGCUUCCUGACGCUAACUCAAAUCUGUGGCGAAAUGGCGGCCAAUACGGCACAAGCGAACCCGGCAGCUAACUGGUCAUAUGGUGCUGCUGCAGAUGGCCAGGUUCAUGAAAACCCAGAAUGGGAGAAAGCAAGACAAGCACUAGCAUCUAUUAACAAGAGUCAGAGCUCUUCUAAGACUACACAAGCCAGCCGGACCACAGCAGAGGCUGGUCAGUUCCAACCAGCUGUGACUGACUCUGCUGCCAUUCAGCAGCAGCAACAGCAGCAGCAGCAGUACUAUCCAUGGUACCAGCAAACCCAGCAGCACUAUCCUGGAUACACAUACCCCUAUAACUAUUACUACCCCAUGGGUCCAUAUGGAGCUGCAUAUCCGCCAAAUCAGUAUGGUGUACCCCCAGGGCCUUACCCAGGAACUCCACCCUCCAAUGGCCAGCCUCCUCCAGUGCCUGGAAUGGAAGACCAGGCCCCCAGCUACCCCUCUCAACCACAGCCUCCUCCCCCUGCUACUCCCCAGCCACCCCAGAGCCCAACCACCUCAGAGAAUCCCCCUCCUCCUCCACCCCCACCUAUUCCUCCCCCACCCAACUCCCAGUACCCCCCUCCUCCAUCACAAAAUGCUUACAGUGCCAACAACUCCAUGUCAUAUCCACCUAGCGACCCCAACCAAAUGCAGGUCUACAGUCAUUCCCAGGGAAGGCCUAACUAUGCCCAGGGCUUCCAGGCCCAGAACACCUAUCAGCCCUCUCAGAACACCUCUCAGCAGCCAGGCCAGUAUGUACCUGGGAUAGGCAGAGGAGAGGCCAACAAAAACAAAAAUCAAAAGCAAGGACAACAACUGUGGCACCGCAUGAAACAGGCACCUGGGGCAGCUGCUGUGAAGUUCAAUAUUCCUAAGAGGCCCUAUCAGGUUCAGUGUUCUCCAGUUUCCAAUCAGGCUUUUUCUCCAGGGGAGCAGCCCUCAGGAUUGAAUCCAGCUCCUUCUUCCCCAGCUACUGCCAGCGCUCCACCUGGAGGUGCUCAGACACGACCCCAGGACUGGCCCCAAGCCAUGAAGGAGUAUGUGCAGCGCUGUUUUACAGCCUGUGAGACAGAGGAAGACAAAGAUCGCACAGAGAAGGUGUUGAAGGAAGUCCUGCAGGACCGGUUAAAGGACGGCUCUGCUUACACUAUUGACUGGACUCGUGAGCCACUGCCAGAAUUAAAGGUCAAGCAGUCUCGAUGGGAAGCUGUCGCGCCCCAGAGGACAUCAGAAGGCUCAGUCACCCGUGGUGGAAGUACAGCAGCUGCAGCUUCAAGAGGCAGGGGUGGUGGACACAGAUUGGGCCAUUACAGGAAUAUAUUUUCUCAAAGGAGUCCAUCCUCUAGUUCCUCCCAUUCCUCCUCCCGCUCCCCCUCCCCCUCCCAUGGCAGACACAGGGACAGAAGCAGCCAAAGGCACAGGCGAAGUGAUUCUGGCUCACAGUCAGACAGUAGCAUCUCCAGUGACCUCCGACCUCAGCUGUCAAGACGUCAGAAAGGAGCACGUGGUCGUGGUAAUGACAGGGAUAGAGGACGAGGAGGUGGAGAGAGAGGACGAGGAAGAGGAGGAAAAGCCAACAGAGGAAGACGAAACAUGGAAGAAUCCGGUGUUGGAAAGAAGCGGAAAGGUGGAAAUGCUGGUCUGGAUUUUCAUGACCCCAACAGAGAAGCGAAGAAGCAGAGCAGAGCAGCUCGUUUCCACAAGCAGCUACGUUCAGAGCCCCUGGUUCUCUCCAUCAAUGCCCUGGACCUGCCCGAUGGAACACAGGAGGGCCUCAGCUGGGAGGACUGCCCAAUUGUGGGAACAUGUCAGGACAUCACCAAGUCCUACCUGAGGCUCACCUGCGCCCCUGACCCAUCCACUGUGCGCCCUGUGCAUGUGCUGAGAAAAUCUCUGCAGGCUGUGAAAGCCCACUGGAAAACCAACCAGGACUACGCCUAUGCCUGCGAACAGAUGAAGUCCAUACGACAAGACCUCACGGUCCAAGGAGUUCGAACCGACUUCACAGUGGAAGUGUACGAGUGUCAUGCACGCAUUGCUCUCGAAAAAGGAGAUCAUGAAGAGUUCAAUCAGUGCCAGACCCAGCUGAAGGCCCUGUAUAAGGACAAUCCCUCUGAGAACAUUGGAGAGUUUACAGCAUAUAGGUUGCUGUAUUACAUCUUCACUAAAAACUCUGGAGAUCUGACCACUGAGUUGGUGUACUUGACCCCUGCGCUGCGGGCAGAUGCGUGUGUGGCUCACGCUCUUGCACUUCGUGCUGCCUGGGCAUUAGGAAACUAUCGUCGUUUCUUUAAGCUCUACCUGGAAGCCCCACGCAUGGCUUCAUACCUCAUUGACAAGUUUGUAGAGAGGGAAAGAAAGGUUGCACUUCGGGCUAUAGUUAAAACGUUCAGGCCUGAUUUGCCGGUGCAGUAUGUGCAGUCCACUCUGGGCUUCCCUUGUUUAGACUCCUGUAUGACCUUUCUUACUGGGCUAGGUGUCAUCUUUACCCCCUCUGACCCCCAAAAGAUAGACUGCAAAACCAGCACAGCCUCUUUGGCUGCCUCCUGAGGGGGUGGGGGGUAGCACAGUAAAGGGAGACGCUAAGGGACCCUCAUGGAUCCUUACAUAUCCAAUGCACUGCACUUCAGACACCUCAGCCAAUUCAGAUAGAGUAGUGGCAGACUAACACCUAUAUAAGACCCAGAGAGAAAGAUACAUGCUGACAAACUAUUCUGCAAGACCUAGAUUUCAGAUUGCAGAUGUAAUUAUCUGACACUCAGAUAAGAACCGUUUUAAAGAUGAGAAUGUCUGCAGACACUGUCACUCAGCUAUCGUUGGUCUAAUGCCCAAGUUAUCUCUCCAUUAUACAUUUAUGAUGCCAGAACAGUGAGUGAACAGUUUAGAUAUGGGAUUAUCAUGUAGUCUCAGCAUUUAGGGGCCAAGAAGUCACAGAACCAGAGGCAGCCCCCCCCCCCCCCCCCCCCCUCCCCCACCAAUGGUUCCUGUUCCUUUACCACCAUCAGAUGUCAAAGCUAACAGUGUUCUGUUAUGUUUUUUCCUUCCUCAAGUCAACAGCUCCAAGACCUGAAGAUUCAAGCCUUGUCAGUGAAAAGGGAAACCAAAGCAGCUCUUCAAGUCACUUAUCCGGCUCUCUGCUGUUUGAAGCCAAGCCUGCAGAAUCAGGUCAAUGUUACAUUUUCCUCUUAGAGACUGUGAGACGAUGCAGAGAGAAGAUGCAAGCAGUUUAUCUGAAAGAAGAAGUGGUGGUUUGUAUGUCCUGCCCUGCAUCCCGUUUCCUCGAUUUAUCUACAGCUGGCCGUUCAUCCCGUUCCUUCUCUCCAACUAUAUGCCUCAUGAAAGCAAAGAACUGAAGUCUAAAGUCUUGUUCCUUAUUUAAGUAGUAUUCUUCCAUUGGUCUCAGUUAUGAAUUGAUUGGCCAGCAUUGCGAAGAAGUCUCAAUCUGAUGAGCACUGACUUUGUGUAUGAUAAAGGAUACAGGCAAGUGUUCUUCAUCAAAGUUAUAGAUUCACUCCUCCAUAUCCUGGAAGCUGAGCUCCAUCUCCAGGUUCAAAGCAGCCAGAGGCAGACAGGAAAUCGGCUUCCAUCAUCCUCAGGUAGAAGUUCCUGCCAGCACCUGGAAUCCAAGCACUCCGUGGUCAACACAGACAAGUGCAGUAAUGAUGACGGCGCUCAAACAGGAAGUUAAGCAUCCACCUUCAAGUACAGCUGGAGGUGAAUUAUGUGUGGUGGAGCAUCGAGGGAAACGUGCUGCCUCUUCACAAAGGAAUAACGAGUGGUUUGUAUGCUACAUCUGGCUCUGGUGUUUGCAAAGCUGGUAAGAAAGAAGGACUUCUCUGGAAGGAGGUGGAUGACGGAACAACAGAGAUGUAGCCUCAAAUUUCUGUUAAACAUUUUAUGUCUUGCUUUUUUUUUUUUUUUUUUUUUUUUUUUUUGGACAGCAGUAUUGGCCUUUCUCUUGACAAAAGGAAACAAUUAUGUUGCAUUCAGUUUCAUGAAAAUUUGCAGGUUUCUACUGGACAAAUGAAUUAUCGUAAUAAAUUUGAUAGAAUUCUAAAAGUCAGUAAGAUCCCAGAAAUUUUUUGAAUGCCAUGAUAAAGUCUUUAAAUCAAAACAUGAGUUUUAAACUGUUGUAGACUAAUGUAAUAAAGAGGAAGUGCAGCCUAGUGCUUUUAUGCCCGAUUUUCGAGUAGAUAUGAAAUUGUUUUCUAAAAUGAAAGCUGUAAUUUCAGCCUCAUUGAGGUAAACCGAACAGUUUCUCAAAGUGGCAGUGGGGUUGUAGCAGACGUAGUUUUCUCUGAUGUGAUUCGGCCCAUUUUUCUGCAGGUUUAUGUUUUUCUGGACCUAGGAUAAAAUUGCUGUGCGGUGUCCACUGUCUUAGGGUAUGAUUAGGAAAAUAUCUAUAACAAAAACAGCAGUAAUCAGGCAGCUCCUAAGUGUCAGGAAAUGUAACUUAAUUUCUGUGCUGCUUUCCACCGUUUUCCAUAAUUUGGGUCCUCCUAUAGAAUGAUUGUGCUGAAUGAAAACAGAUUGACAUUGUUCAAUUUUUUAAACAGUAUUAAUUACCACUGUAGAAAUAUUGAGCCUGAGAUAUUUACAACUUUGGUGCAACUGAACAGAACAUGAGUAGUCGCAGGUUUGCUGUACAAUCUACAUGUUCACUUGUCUACAGAGUUUAUAUUUGUGAAUAUUGUAUGAUAUUGCUGUGAUUUAUUUUCAGUUAGUACAUUUUUUUCCACACAUGGGUAAGUGUGAAUUGUUUUUUUUUUUUUUUUCUCUGGGUUUCACAAAACUCUUACACCAGUUACGUGAAUAUGUAAAGCUAAAUGUAGACAAGUCUGGAUUGGAUUGUGUGCAAUGUCUUAUUCCAGUGGAUAUAGACUAGGAGUUGAUAAUUGCCAGUGGUAGUUUUCCUGUAAACUUUAGUACAAAAUCUCAAACCAAAUUUUGGCAAGAUGUCACGAUCAAAUCCCACUGACAUGAAACAUUUGGUUUUUAAAGUUGUUCCUUUUUUCAGGCAAAAAAACUGACAAAACUUGUUGAAACCUGAAUCAUCAAUUUGUUUUGAGAACUGUUCCUCUGUUAACUGCAAGAUUUUGACAAUGAUCUCAACAUGUUUUCUUUCUUCCCUCUUCAUCUACCUGAUCCCCUGUCCUCUUUACUGUUCCCUCCCCUCACUCCCCAAACCUUUCUCUCACACACCACCAGACUUCUCAUUCUUCAGCUCGUAGUACUGCUGCAUUGCAGGAGCACACGGAGUGAUGAUAAGUGGGCGAACCUCCUCCAGACGCCAGCCGGAGAGAGUGAAUUGUGAGCAAUCCCAAGUCUUGGUUUGACCCACUCAAGUUGAAGCCAUACAGCUGAUAAAAUACAUGGGAGCCUCACAUGUUGAGAUGUGGAAAAUGUUGAUCUGCUGCUAAUGUGAUUUGCUGCUAACCCAAAUAUUUAAAAAUGUUUCUUUGUGCAACAUUAAUUCCUGCUUAGUUUUAAACAGUGUUUGAAGAUUGACAAAAACACAAUGUGUUAUUCUUUUCUGUUUGUCCAGAUGCAUUUGCUAUUUUUGAGUCAGUUGUUUGCUGGUAAAAUGUGUCAUUAUUUAGGGUUUGGUUUUGGUUUUUUUGGGGGGUUUUUUUCUCACCCAGUUUAUUCAUAGUUAGGAUUCAUUUGGCUUGUGUCAGCAAGCCAGAACAGCCCGAGCCAGAGUUAUUUAUUAAAGCCUAGUUUUGGGAGUUUUAUUCCUCAUUGUCUACAAUGUGUCUGGACACACAGAAUAUACCUUUACCCAUGAGAUUCACCUACAUUUUCUUUAAUUUUUCUUAGUAUUCAGGCCAAGUUUCUUAAAUGGCAAGUGCUGGUGUGUGCUCCCAUGCUAAGAAAUACCUUUGGUUUCUUCACUUGCUGAGCUUCUUGAUUGUGGUAAUUGUUUGCUGCCUCAGGCUUGUGUAAAUGGAAACUUUUUGCACAGGGUUAAAGUGUGUACAUAUGAUGUCUCAGGUUGAAACAGACCAGGAUUUUCACUUUAUUAUUAUUAUUUUUCUUUUUUAGUAGAAGAUUCACCCCAGAUAACUAACAAUACACAUGUUCAUUUUGGAUGUUUUUUUUUCCCUCCGAUGCCUGAGUCACAUUUUCAGUAUUUUUUGCUCCCAUGUUACUGUAUAGCUCCAUCAGUCUUUGUAACUCCUUCCUUGGUAAUUGACACUGGAAGACCUCCCAUGUCCCCUCACUUCAGCUGUUUUCAUUUCCUACCAUCUCCUCUUUACCUUGUCUUCAUUUGAGUUUAUCGUCUCUGUUCUCCCUUUCUCUUAUUCCCUCUCUCCCUGCAUGCUGUCCUCUUCCCUCUCCUACUCUCUCCUAUAAAUCUCUAACCAGUAUUUGUUCUCUUCUCAUUCUUAUCUUUUCCUUUAAUGUUGAGUAUGUUUGUGACCGUUUGCCGUGUGCAACUAGUCACUCUCACUAGUAAGUAUUGUAUUGCGUCUGCGAUGCUUUAAUAGUUUAUGUUGCAGCUCACUAACAACUGAAGCUGAAGUUUUAUCUGCAACGCCUCCUCCCUGUCCCCUCAUUUCCCCAUGCCUCUACAGAUCUGAUAUGAUAAACUGCCAUUUUGUAAAUAUUGUGUAAAUAUUACCUUUUGAAAAAAAUUAAUAAAUUUCAAGUAUAAGGGG